AUGGCCAGGGCCGAUUACCUUGCCAAGUAUCUAUCCGGCGGGCCGGAAAAGAAGAAAAAGAAAAAGAAAUCAAAAACUCAAAGUACUCCUGUUGUUGUCCAGCAGCCCGAACUCCAAAAUGAACCAGAAAACGAACCUCUAAAUCCAGAGUCCGACGAUGAAGGUGCUCCUGCAAUUACCCUGGACAAACCGAUGAAGGAGAACAAAGGUUUCCGGCGUAUAGAUACAGGAGAAACGGUCAAAUCUGAUCAACAGGUUAAGCCAAAAGAACCUUCGGCAGAUGAAAUAGCCAGGGAGCAGAAUAUGGCAUCAACAGUAUACAGAGACGCCUCAGGACGAAUUGUUGAUCUAGAAAAAAGGAGUUUAGAACUCAAGGCUGAAAGGGAAGCUAAGGAGAGAGAAGCUGCCGAAAGGCAACAGCGAAUCAACCAGUCUGAGGUCGGCAGGCUUCAGGAAGCUGAAAUGCAAGAGAAACUCAGUAAAGCUACCCGUUUUGAUGUUUCUGUUGAUGAUGACGAGUACAUCGCUCACAUGACGCAGAAGCAGCGUUUUGACGACCCUCUUGCUCCUACUGGCGAAGUCAAAACGAGCACAUCCAUCAGACCAACUUACAAUAAGGGCCUCAACCCAAGCAACCGGUUCAAAAUUCCGGCUGGAUGGUUUUGGGACGGCAUCGACAGAAGCAAUGGUUUCGAGGAAAGACUUCUAGAAAAGCGGAAUGCCCAGCACCUCAGCAAGGUGGUGGCCAGAGCAUCUGCGGAGUCCUACACCGAGUACGAUUACGAUUGA